UGUUCUGAGUUGAUGGAGUGACGAGCAACAGUAAAAACAAAAACAUCUGGAAGAGAGAGAGAGAGAGCGAGGGAGGCGCUGCUGGGAGUGCACCCUGGGUAAAGAUGAGAGGGACGGCGUGAAAGGCAACGAGUGAAAGGGUUGUUGACCUGAUAUUUAAAGGACUGGAACAUUAAUUGGAAAAACGCAUAAACAAGAAUAAUUUCCUGGACAGAAGUCACAUUAACGACGUCAAUGCCCCAGAGAAGCUACGGAGAUGGGGAGGAGAGAGUCCUGAUGUGACUGGAGGGUGGAGUGCUGGUGAGCAAACCUUUGCUGGGUUAAAUGAAGUGUAAAGAUGGGGCCACUGGUCACACCAGUGCUGCUUCUGCUGCUACUGCUUUUGUGCCGGUGUGUUUGGACCUGGGACAUCCCUCUGGAAAUCAGACAACCCCCAACCAUUAUCAAGCAGUCAAUGAAGGAGCACAUUGUUGACCCCAAAGACACAAUAGUCAUAGAGUGCGAAGCCAAAGGAAAUCCUCACCCCAUCUUCUCAUGGAGGCGCAACGGGAAGUAUUUCAACGUGGCCCGUGACUCUCAGGUAUCGAUGCGCCGGCGUUCAGGGACACUGGACAUCUACGCCUGGAACAACCCAGAGCAGUACGAAGCCGAGUAUCAGUGCAUCGCCUCCAAUCAGUACGGGUCCGCAUACUCUCACAAGAUCAGACUGCUGCUAUACAGAGCGCCCAUGUGGCCAAAGGAGAUCCUGGAGCCUGUGGUGGUCAGCGCUGGCUUGCCUGUGGUUCUGUCCUGCAACCCUCCACCGGGUCCACCCAAACCUGAGACCUACUGGAUGACAAGCUGUUCGUAUGCGAGGCCGUUCAACUGGCCCAUCCAGACGGCCUUCCCCACCAUGCAGGCCGUGCGGCAGGACCGCAGGGUUUCGAUGGGAGUCAACGGAGACCUGUAUUUUUCUAAUGUCCUCUUCAAUGACUCGGUCGCUGAUUACUGCUGCAAUGCUCGCUUCCCGUACAAAAACGUGAUCCAGCAGAAGAUGCCCGUGGUUCUGAAAGUGCAUACGACUCGAGCCGUGGUUGAAGCUGCCCCCACCUGGUUGUCUCCCACAGGCUCAUCCAGCUCCAUACUGGUGCUACUGGGAGAAGAACUGCUGCUGGAGUGUAUCGCUGCAGGAAUGCCGACUCCUCGCAUCACCUGGACCAAGGACGCUGGCGACCUGGUGGUGACAUCACGCAUGAGAAUAAAGAACUUCAACAAGAUGAUUCAGAUCCCAAAGGCAUCUUUUGAAGAUGCUGGCGAAUACACGUGCACUGCUGCAAACAGGAUUGGUUACAUAGUACACACAAUAACAGUCAGAGUCAAAGCGGCUCCGUUCUGGCUGGAAAAACCCACCAAUUUGAUCCUGGCCCCCGAGGAGAACGGACGUUUGACAUGCAGUUCUGACGGGGCUCCUCGUCCCACAAUCAGCUGGUUCAUCAACGGGGAGCCCAUUGAAAUUGCUACACCGCAGCCUAAUCGCCAGGUUUCAGGAGACACCGUGAGCUUCCGCAGCGUGACAGUUGAAAACACAGCUGUCUACCAGUGCAACGCCUCAAACCAGUACGGAUACUUACUGGCCAACGCUUUUGUCAACGUGUUACAUGCUACCCCUCGUAUUUUCGGGACCAGGAAUGAACUUGAGAAGGUGAUAGAGGGCAACCGCGUGUUCUUAGACUGCCGCUACUUCGGUUCUCCAGUCCCUGACCUGCGAUGGUCCAAAUAUGGACAGGGGACACUCGAGGGGAACCGCUUUAGGACCCACAGCAACGGAACCCUGGAGAUCAAACGUGUACGAGUCGAGGACCAGGGAACGUACGUGUGCGUAGUCAGCAACGUCGCAGGACGAGAUGAGAGUCAAGUCAGAAUAGAGGUCAAAGAACCCCUGUUAAUUGUCACAAAACCGCAGAGUAUGAAGGUCAUUCGUGGAAGUGAUGUUCGCUUUGAGUGUGGAAUUAAAGCGGAUGUCUCUACUUCAGUCACAACCACCUGGAUGAAAGAAAAGCGUCCAGUGACUCUGGGCUGGAGACUUUCUCUGGAUGAAUCCAAUCUGCUCAUCACUAAUGUGAACAGAGAGGAUGAGGGAAAUUACACCUGUGUCAUCAAGAAUGAACUGGAACAGAAGUCAGCCUCAGCACGUCUCAUGGUGAUGGAUCGUCCGGAUCCUCCCACUAACUUGGAGUUGUCAGAUCCGUAUGAACGUACGGUAAGACUCACUUGGGUUCCUGGAGACAGCAACCACAACCCUAUAAAAGAGUACUUAGUGCAGUUCGAUGACGACGACUGGCUUCCUGGAAAGUGGAAAAAUCUUUCAACGUACCCAGGAAGCCUCAACUCCGUCAUUCUGCAUCUGCACCCCUUCACCUACUACGAGUUCAGGGUCAUCGCCAUAAAUGAAAUCGGACCAAGCCGACCCAGUCGUCCAUCUAUGCGCUUUCAGAGCAGCGGUGCACCUCCAGAUGUGAUUCCAAAAAAUCUAAAGGGUAUAGGCACAUGGAGGAACAACAUGGAGAUCAGCUGGGAGCCGCUGUCCUACAGAGAGUGGAAUGGACCCCACCUGAAGUACCUGGUUUGGUGGCGAAGGAGAGAUUCCCGAGAGGAGUGGAAGAACGCCACCACUAAAUGGCAGAAGUAUUACAUCUAUGACGCAGACACCUUCACACCGUACGAGAUCAAAGUCCAGGCUGUCAAUGACUUUGGCUUGGGUCCAGAGUCGCCCGUUGUCACUGGUUAUUCUGGGGAAGACCGUCCCUUAUCUGCUCCCCUAAACUUGAGGGUGUCCGACAUCCAGAGCACUGAGGUCACUGUGCACUGGGAUCCAGUGACACGGAGCUCUAUAAUGGGGGACCUAAAGGAAUACAAGCUCUACUACUGGAGGGACAGCAGUCAGCUGAGAUGGCUGAGGGUCAACAGAGCGAUGAUGUCUAAGGCCUUUCCAGUCAAUGGUGCAGAGCCGUCUGGAGUCCUCACUGAGCUCAUCCCCUAUAGCCACUACAAGAUGUAUGCCGUGGUGGCUAACAAUCGGUUUGAAGGUCCGCCCAGUAACACUAUACUCUUCUCCACACCUGAGGGAGUACCAUCUGCUCCCAGAUUCUUCAGAAUCCAACAGCGGCACCUUGACAGCAUCUAUGUAGACUGGGACCUGCCCGCAGAACCCAAUGGAAUAAUUACCGGCUAUUCCCUCAAGUACCAGACAGUGAAUGCCACCAGAGGGGAGGAGAUGCGUGUUGAGGACUUCCCUCCCAAUGUCACAAGUUUCUCAGUCCGGCGUUACGACCGCUACACUCGAUACAGGUUUUCCGUGGCAGCGCGUACGCAGGUCGGGAUGGGGGAGUGGCACAUGGAGGAAUCCCCCCACUACACCACAGAGAUUUAUGCUCAGGACCAGGUGGACAUCACCACUCAGGGAUGGUUCAUCGGCACAAUGUGCGCCGUGGCUCUUAUCGUGCUCAUUCUCCUCAUAGUGUGCUUCAUCAAGAGGAGCCGAGGGGGGAAAUACCCAGUACGAGAUAAAAAGGACAUUUCAUUGGAGCCAGUGGACGACAAAGAUCAGGAGGGAACGUUUGAUUAUCGGUCUCUUGAAAGGAUUGCACGUGUCUCCACUUUACCGUAUCCCAGACGGGAGGAGGAAAGAGGGCUUCAGAGAGGCCAGCCAUCCAUGGAAGCCAUGAUAAAGCGCUCCGACAGCGACGACAGCUUGGUGGACUACGAUGGAGCAGACAUAUCGUUCAACGAGGACGGCUCCUUCAUCGGCCAGUACACAGGAACCAGGAGAGACGUCAGGGAGUUGGACUUUGGUGGAGGCCUGGAGCUCCACUCCCCAAUGAACACCAUCUACUCACUGGCGUAAAAAACUCCACCUCGUGGAACUUGGAGAGAGACAGUGGGAAAAAUGAAGAAUUGUUAAAUAACUGGGACAAUGAGAUUCCUAAUCACUGGAUGAAUUACCUUUUAUUUUGUAAAUGAGCUUAUAGUGUUGACAUCCAGUAUAUUCCUGUGCAUUCAUUCACUGAUGGGAGAUACAGGCUGCACAUCAGAGACAAAGAGGAUCCGUUUAUCAUGUUGAUAAAAGCAUUAGCAAGGAGCUUAAUUAUUUCACCCUGCUAAUUAAAAUAACCAAGCCCUUCUCACUUUUGCAUGUUGACUGAGUGAAGUGAUUCACCGCUGGACUGAGCAGCGACACAACCUCAGCUUGCCUCAUCUUGUUUUUUUUACAUUAUGUGUAUCUUAGAUUUGUCUGAGGCAACAGGUCGAACCAAAUGUUGAGAUUCUGAUUAUUAAUCUACAUGUAACAGUUAUUUUACUUGACUCCUAACAUCAAACAUGUAGACGUAUUACCACAGUUUUGCCAUAAUGUAAAUAAAGAUUAAAUACAGUAAUUAUAUCCACUAUUGCUGUUGUUAAUUGUAACUUAUCUCGCUCUAACUACAUUAAAAGAAUCCUUGGGCUGCUGACCACUAUUCUAGUCUACAUUGGUUACCAGGCAACUUUACAUUUUGUUUUAUGUGUGUAUGAAUAAAGAAAAUACAAUGUGAUAACAAGCUUU